AGUUCCGGGUCGAGGGUGACUAACGUGGUGCAUCUCGCAGCCCAACGUGUGCACCACUUGUAGUGGUAGAAACAUCUCAAAGUGAAUUAAAUAUAUACGAAACUAGGAUAAGAACGACAGAGAUCAAAAAUGGGGGAAUUUAAAGUUCACCAGGUCCGAUUCUUUGAAUACAUGCCCUCGGGAAUCCGAGCUUUAGCUUUCCACCCAAAAAAAGAAAGGAUGGCAGUGGCGAGGAUGGACGGCUCUGUGGAGAUUUGCCAUUGUUCAGACAGAUUUUACCAAGAAAAGGUCAUUCCUGGACGAGAACAGUGUGGCAUAGAGGCUCUGUCCUGGGUGGGAGACCGUCUGUUUAGUGCAGGACUAAAUGGUGAAAUUACAGAAUACGAUCUAACAAACCAGAAAAUUAAGUACACCAUAGAUGCAUAUGGAGGGCCAAUCUGGUCCAUUACUGGCAACAAACAAGGAACACACUUGGCGGUUGGUUGUGAAGAUGGAAAUGUGAAACUUUUUGAGGUGACCGAAGACAAAAUACAGUUUGAGAGAAAUCUGGCCCGGCAAAAAGGUCGAAUCAUUUCCCUGUCCUGGCACCCAUCAGGCUCUAGAAUAGCAGCAGGGAUGAUGGACAUUAUUCAAGUUUUAAAUGUAGAAAAAGGCCACUCCAUACACCGGAUGCUUGUGGAUAAAGGAGUCGGGAAGUCCCGCAGUAAGGAAUGUGUUGUGUGGAGUGUGGUCUACCUCUCGGAUGGGACCAUCAUCAGCGGAGACUCUGUGGGAAUGGUCAAAAUGUGGGAUGAUCAAACCGGUACACUGAUUAAAAGCCACAAUGUCACCAAAUGCGACGUGUUGGCGUUAUCAGUUUCACAGAGUGGGGACAGCCUUGUCGCUGGGACAUCAGAGGGAACUGUGGUACAGUUCCAGUUCCUAUCUGUGGUUUUAGGCAAAGAUGAGAAAGAAUGGGUCAGAACGCGGAUAUUUAAGAGCCACACACAUGAUGUCAGAGCUGUGGCAGAGAUCACGACUGGCGUUGUGUCUGGAGGUAUUGACACGCAGCUGGUCGUGACACCUCUGUUUGACAAGGCAGAAGUGAAGUCAGCCCUGCGCAAGGUUCUCUUUCCACAUAGAAAACUGGUAUCCUGUGCGAGGAAAGCCAAUCUGAUGCUGUUCCAGUACUCUGGACAUCUGGAGCUGUGGAGACUUGGAGAGAGUGAAGGAAUAGCUGAACCAGAUAUGAGCUUACCUAUAAGUAGGAAACCAGAGAAAUUGCUUCAUUUGAAAGUUAAGGGUGAGGAGCACAUCCGUUGCAGCUCCGUCUCUCCAUGUGGAGAAUGGAUUGUUUACUCCACUGCCAGCAGUUUACGACUGUACAAGCUACACUGUGACAAUAGCAACGUCAGCAUCACCAAGAUAUCCAAGCUCCCAAAGGUUCUCAGCUCAGCCAGUCAGCUUUGCUUCUCAUCAGACUCCUCCCAUUUGUUUUCAGCUUCCACACAGUCAUCAGUCCACAUGGUGUCUCUUAACAAAUCGGGGUGCAAGUUUGUGGGCACCCUUAAACCUAAAUCAGGUUCAAAGCAGCCUAUUCACUUGUUAGCACCUAGUGAAGAUGGCAAAUGGUUGGCCUCUGCAAACAGUGAUCAUGAAGUUCAAAUCUAUGACUUGCAAACCCGGAAGCCUCAUUGUACAGUGCCUACAUACAGUUCUGCUGUCAGCGCAAUGGCCAUCCAUCCGACCACUAACUGUCUGUUCAUAACACAUGCAGAUCAACAGAUGUUUGAGUAUUCUAUAGAGCAAAAACAGUACUCUGAUUGGAGCAGAUCAGUGCAGAGGACUGGGCUCCAUCGUGUCUGGCUAGACAGGGACACACCGGUCACCAAUGUGAUGUUUAACCCUUCAAAUCCAUCCCACAUCAUCCUACAUGAUUCAUACAUGCUCUGCAUCAUUGACCAAAGCCUGCCACUCCCUGAUAACAGCACCCAGUUUUAUAACCAACUUACCCUGAGGAGCCUUCCAGAAGAACAGAGAAAACUUCACACUCAUGCUUUCAAAGUCUGCAAAGCCUUCAAGGAGAUCCUGUGUGUAGAGCAGAUUUCAGAUCAGUCUCUGGUGGUUGUUGAGCGUCCUUUGUCGGAUAUAAUCACUCGGUUGCCUAAGCCCAUUAAACAGAAGAAAUUUGCCACAUAAGGACAAAUCCCUUCAAAUGUGUAUAUGUGCCGUGUAUGAGGAUGCGUGUUUUAUUAAGAGAUGUAAAAUGUGGACCCUGUUUUCCCAUCAUUUGUAUAAAAAAAAAAAAUGGCUGACAGUAGACAGUAUUAAAAGAUAUUUACUCUGCAA